CUGAUGCUUAGAUAAUGAACCGGCAGCUAUCGGAACUAAGUAUUGAACAUUGUAUACGCGUUUAAACCGACUAGGAAUCUCGGAUCAGCUGUUGUAUCACAUAGACUUCAUAUAUUUCUCAUCUUAUUAUUUUUGGUAGGGAUUGUUUGCCAUCAACUGUAGAUCAGAGUUAUGCUUCAUCAAAAUGGGGAUGUUUAUUACGGUCAGUUUAAUGGAGUUAAUGCAAUUAAAAACGACUAUGCACUGGCUAUGCCAACAUCAAGGAAUCUAUCAGUUCGCGAUGAGGAAAUGCUGCGCCUCAUAGGCCAAUAUUUAUGUGAUAAAGGGUUCAAUGGAACAUAUACGCAACUGUCAAAAGAGUCUGGAAUAGCCUUAGAGCACAGCGACGCUACAGAACUUCGUCAUGCUAUAUUAGAAGGCCGAUGGUGCGAUGCGGAAGCUACGAUAGAUAAGCUUGCACCAAUGAUAGGAGAUGUGAAUAGUGUCGAAGAAGUACGGUUUUUAAUUCUGGAACAACGAUUCUUGGAGCAUUUGGAAGCCAAUGAAGUAAUGCCUGCUGUUACCCUGCUGCGCAACCGGAUUACACCCAUGCAACGAAAUACAGAGCGAGUACACACACUGGCUAGUUGCCUUAUGUGCAGAACCAGUGUUGAGUUACAAGCACAAGCAGGUGGUUGGGCUGGAGUGGAUGCUGGUAGUCGUUUACAGUUAAUCAAUCGCAUACAGGCCUUCAUACCAGCACAAACAAUGUUGCCACCAGGAAGAUUGGAGGAAUUAGUCAAUGAGUCUGUUCGUGCUCAGUUAGCUGCAUGCAUAUUUCAUAAUCCUCCUCUUGGUGUUCAAAUGGAUGUACACAACAUAUCAUUAUUACAACGUCAUUCCUGUGGCAUGCAAGAUUUCCCUGCUUUUUGUAUUCAAACUUUGGAUCAUCAAAGAGAUUCGGAUUUAUGGUUUUGUCAAUUUUCUCCAGAUGGUAAUUAUUUAGCCACGGGUGGUAAGGACGCAAAUGUUGAUGUUUGGCGUGUGGAUCUGGUACGACAUGCAGUGUCCUUCUAUCGUGUACUGACUACACCAGCAUAUAUUGGUUGUUUAUGUUGGUCACCAGAUUCUAAAAAACUAGCAGCAUGUUGUGGAGAAGAACAAAGCUCUGUACUUGUAUUCGAUGUAUUUAGUGGUCAACAGUUGUGCAAUCAAAAAGUGAAUGAUGAAGACAUCUAUUCAACUGCCUCUUUCUUUGCUGAUAGUCGUAAACUAGCUUUUGGCGGUCUCAAAGGCAGUUUCUAUGUAAUGGACACAGAGGACCAAGGUCGUGUACUCACUAUAGUUGAAGGUUAUCGUGUACAAAGUAUGGCAGCUAUACUUCCACCCAUACCAAAUAUGCAUCUUCCAAAUGGCAGUGAAUCUGUACAAGUUAACCCCCCAAAUCGAUCUACGCCUGGUGCUCCAGAUUCACUAGCUGGUGGAUUACAGCAAAAUAAUUCAUUGAAUGAUGCAAUGCAUGGUCGUCAAGAAAGCCAAAUCGAUCAGCUGUUAAUUGCUGAUAGCCUUCAUAGGAUUCGAUUGUUUAGAUUUGGCCCAGUUGGAACAAAUGCAUCCGGAUCGAAUACCACCACAGACGCAGUUGAUAUACCUUUAACUACAGUUACCACACCGAAUGAAAAUACUACUACUUCCAUAUCAACUGUGACUAUCUCCACUUUGUCUGGUUCAUCUUAUACACAGACACCUAGUGAAGAGAAUGCAUCAAGUACAGCCCUAGCGACAACAACUACAUCUGCUCUUGCAGCUUAUCUGAGUUCAGGUGGUGGUGCACCCGGUGCUCCAGGCUCAGUUAGUAUUUCUACAUCAGCCAGCAGCGGUGCAACUAAUCCUACUGGUGGAAGUAGAACUGGUGAUUGUGACACCAGUGAUAAUAAUGCAACUGCAAGCAGUACUGCCAGUAACCCUGGUGUAGCGACAGCAUUAGCUGUUGCUCGAUUAGCACAACAACAACAGCAACGUUUAUUACAAUCAUCAAAUCCUAUGACAACAGCAAGUCCAGCAUCAUCAUUAACCGGUAAUUUAUCAGCAUGGUAUCAACAACCAGGGACAUAUCCAGGACCAACAAGUAUUGCGUAUACAUCGGGAACGUCUACACUACCACCUGGAAUUCUUCUCGAUAUGCCUAUUUUACCGGUUAGUUUGACUCGUCUUGGACCACCUUCAACUCAAGGUAUACAAGCUCAACUAGGUCUUCAGCCUGUAUUACAUCCAGCUAGUUCUUUACACGGUUCAAAUCCAUAUACUGUUGUAUCAUCAGCUGGUGCAACUAAUCUAUGCACUACUGGUAGUAGUUUAACUAUUCUUUUUGGUGCUCCCUUAGAUAGAACUUCAGCUUCCUAUACAGCUACUCCAGUUGGCGUUUCUAGUUCAACUACAAGUACGCCUACUGGUGUACGUGCAUUAGCUGCUGCAGCUGUUGCCUUAGCCAGUCACAACACUCGUCAAGUUAAUUCAGUUUCCAGUGGUACAACAAUGUUGGCUGUAUCUACAUCUACACCUCAAGAUACAACUACGAGUCGUUCAUCUGUUUCCACUACAAAUGUUGGUUCUACUGUAAGCACAUCUACUUCGACAUCUGGUGUUACUACAGGCUCUGCAUCUAAUUUAACUACAAUCUCAGCUUCUACACCAGCAACUGGUUUUUCUACAUCAACUACAAGUACAACAACAAGUGCACAUAGUAGCGGUCAAACUACAAAUGCAAGUAAUUAUGGUUUAUUGGAUCAUAGAACAUUAUUUAAAGAAACUCAUCCCGUUCAAUCAAUUAUGAUUUCACGCUCAGGAACUAUGGCACUCCUUACAAUACAUAAAAUGGGAUUACAUUUAUGGGAUUUGGGAGCUUGUGGUAUACUGCAACGUUUUGUUGGUCAUAAACAGGAUACUUUUCGAUUAUAUUCUACAUUUGGUGGAGCUAAUGAAGAUUUUGUAGCCACAGGAAGUGAAAAUGGUAGGAUACAUAUUUGGCAUAUUGGUAGUGGCAGCCAUCCUAUACAUUCAACUCCUGGAACCGGGAAUAGAGAUCCAAUUACCUGUGUCCACUGGAAUCCUGUAUUGCCUACAAUGAUAGCUUCAGUAAAUGAUGCUGGUGAAUUAUGCAUUUGGGGGCCACAACGUUAUACCUUAGGUAAUGGUCAACCAAUGGAUUCAUCAACUUAACUGUUUCAUUCUCUGACACAGAGAAGCGUAUUACAAUUCACUUUCUCCAUCCCGACCGCCCGCGCGCCCCCGCACAACCUCCACUGCUCCUCAUCUUUUUUUCAUGUUGAUGUUGGUGAUUAUUAAUUUUUGCAAAUCAAACAAAUACUUCUGGGACACCUAAAUAUGUAAUACCUAUAUACUCAUUUUUACAUAUAUACAAAUAAUUUAUAUAUAUAUAUACUUUCCGUUAUACUUAGUUGGAUAACUUCCAUGUUUCUAUUGUUUCGGCAGUUUUUUUUCUCACCCUCGCUUCACUAAUAGUGACAGUAGUAAACAAAGGUGUCGUGUUUCUAUUAUUCAACAUGGGUUGUUUGUAAAAACAAAUUGUAAUACUUUAUUACUAUUGUUAUUAUUAUUAUUACCACUACUAUUAUGACUAUUAAUACCACUUUCUAUUUGAGUUUAUCAUCUUCCGUUUUCCUAACGAUAUACACCGCCGUUAUACUGAAACUAUUGUUUGUUUGUUUGUUCGUUCGUUCUUUUUUCAAUACACUAUUCACAAUCCAAUAUGAUGGUGUACUGUCUCACUUUGUGUGUGUGUGUGUGUGUUUGUGCAGCAUGUGCUUGUACGUGUGGCAUGUUUGACUGUUGGAUAUUGUUUUGCUCACUGACACAUAAAUACGUACAUACCCUUAUAUUAUAAUAGUAAUGAUAAUAAUAAUAUUAUUAGGAUUGCAGUUUGGUUCCAAUUAAACGACUCUGUAUGUCUGUUUUUGUUUGUUAAAGAAAAAACAAUCAUAUUACACCCAGUUCGUUUGGGUCGUAGUUCAAUUCGUGGGUUAAGACCAACCUUGUCCUCCGCCUCCACCCACACACUUGUUUAUUUUUACAAUAAUUCAAGAAAAGGUGUAAAAGCAUGUGUUAGGCGAACAGAGAUUUCUAUCUAGUGGUGUGUAACAGUGAAUUAAUUAAUUAAUAGUAACUUUAGUUCUUUUUUCUCUUCAGUCUCUCUAUUAUAUAAUACUACUGACGAUAUACGUACUGUAUUAGUAUUUUGUAUAUCUUAGUAGCUACACUAUAGUGACUACGACUACUACUACUACUCAGUUUGUAUAGCGAACAUUGUCAAGAAUAUACACAUAUUUCCAUUUCCCACAGACACUGAAGGAGGAUUGUUUCUCUUCUUUCUCUUAACAUUCUUCCCCUUUUGUUCUUUCAUUUUGGUUGAUCACAAAUGUUGUUAGUUGGCUGGUUGGUUUGAUACACACCUUCACGACCUGCAUCUAUAUUGUGUAAUCAUUAUAAACGGAGAAAAUGAUAAUCUUCCUUCUUAAUCCACUGUAGUCCCUAGGGUGAGUGCCAUCUCUCUCUCUCUCUCCUCAUCUAUCUAUCUAUCUGCCGUCUAUCGUGGAUUUCUUUUCAUAAUCUAGUAAAUAUAAAUUAUUCAUUUUGAUAAGGUUGACACACACACACACGCAACUGAAUGUGAAGUAUUAAGAAAAUGCAACUCUGGAAAAUAGUUGUCUCUGUCAUCAUCUUAGAAAGUAAUAAGGAGGGCUAAGUGGAUUUGUUGUGUAUCACAUUAGGCGUGAAUAUUUAUACAUCUCGAAUAAGUAACAGGUGACCAUCACAGAGGAGAAAAAUGCUUGCCGAAGUGAACUAGAUGCUUGAGUGACUUUGAAUCCAGUUGGUUCUCUCCCCCACCCCACUCUACCCACCAGCCUCUCUCUCUCUCCGUAUCUCGUUUUUUUUGCUUGCCGUUGUUGUUAUUAUUCCGUCUCUUCUCCAAAGAAAAAAGUAUAUCAAAAUAGUUUAGUUGACUUUCUUUCACCUUAUAUACAUAUACAUAUAUAUAUAUAUAUAUAUAUAUACAUAU